CCCCCCCUUGGUACUAAGAAAGCUUGUUUGUGUGUGUGUGUGAGACAACUGAUGAGAAACUAGACGAGAGCUCUGAGGGUGGGAAGGUGGUAGAGCUGUUAUGUAGUGGAGACAGAGGUCUGUGCUAGCUCCACAUCAAGCUGAGGAAAUUGUGAGAGCUGGUGAGGCUGUUCAAGAUGUUUUGGGGCAAGAGAGUCUGUUCUGUUUCCAUUCUUCUGUGACCGCGAGUCUUCUGAGGUGGUGAAGAAGAACUACAGCUGGAACGAGUUCAUAUUUUGGCAUUUGUUUGUGCCAGGAGCCAACUAAAUCCCGGGAGAGUUGUAACGGCUUCAUUCAAGAGAAGAUCUUUUUUUAGCCCAGUAUUAUGGAGAAAUUCAAGGCAGCCAUGGUUCUGGGUGCUGUUGGUGAUGCUUUGGGCUACAGAAAGGGCCGUUGGGAAAGAUGCACCUCAGGCAAGAAGAUCCAAGAGGAACUGGCCUCUCUGGGAGGACUGGGGGCCCAGAAACUGGACCCAGAUAACUGGCCCCUGAGUGAUGCAACGCUAAUGCACAUCACCACAGCAGAAGCACUUGUAACAGAUUACUGGUGUCUGGAGGAUCUGUACCGGGAGCUGGUGCGUCUCUAUGUUGAAGCCAUGGUGUCUCUCCAGGGCAGAGCCCCUGAUCCUGCUACAGUGGAGGGCUGUGUUCACCUCAAACCUCACAACUUCCUGCUCGCCUGGCAUACACCCUUCAAUGAAAAAGGGUCCGGAUUCGGGGCAGCUGCCAAGGCCAUGUGUGUGGGUAUGAGAUAUUGGCAACCGGAGAGACUAGACAGCCUGGUGGAGGUCAGCAUUGAGAUUGGCAGAAUGACCCACAACCACCCCACAGGCUUCCUAGGCUCCCUGACAACGGCACUGUUUGCAUCCUAUGCGAUCCAGGGGAAACCUCUUGUGACUUGGGGCCGCGAGCUCAUGAAAGUCAUCCCUCGGGCUGAGGAGUUCUGCAGGAAGACCAUACGACACAUGUCAGAGUAUCAGGAAAACUGGUUCUACUUUGAGGCCAAGUGGCAGUUUUACCUGGAAGAGAGAGAGAUAGACAAGGAAGGACAGAACAAACCUUCGUUCCCUGACCGCUAUGACGCUGAGGAGACAGACAAGCUGUAUAAGCGCUGGAGCUCAGAGGGCCGUGCAGGACGCAGAGGUCAUGAUGCCCCCAUGAUAGCCUACGAUGCCCUUCUGGCAGCAGGGAGUGACUGGGCUGAACUGUGUAAAAGAGCCAUGUUCCAUGGAGGUGAGAGUGAAGCCACAGGCCUGAUCGCAGGUUGCCUUUAUGGCCUCAUGCAUGGCUUGAGUCAGGUUCCCCCAGGCCUGUACCAGGAUUUGGACAAAAGAGAGCGUCUGGAAGAGCUGGGAGAAAAGCUUUACAAAUCAGCAUCUGCAGAGAGACCAGAUUCUUGGAGAACCGGUAUCAGCCCUGAUGCCAGUAAGUUGAGGAAGUUGAUUAGAGACCGCAACUGCCAUCCUGUGCUCCGAGGGAUUCUGGAGAGUCUCCUGCAUUACCUAACACAGGAUCUACCCAAGUGGACCACCAGAAACAGAAACCCGGAGACCCCAGGGUUAGAUAUUGUAGUUGAAAGGUGCACAGAUUGGCCUGAUCAGAGAGUUGAGGCUUCAGUGAAGCAGACCCAACUUCAUACAAAUUGCACUAUUGUUCAGCUCCCUGAAGAACAUAAAAUGACCAGUUUCAAGAUCCUUGAAAAAUGCUCGUCAGAUCCACAAAAAGACAGAUUGCCAAGCAGGUAUGGAGGAGAUAAAAAAGUGGGAGGCUUAAUACAACGGCGUCUUACCACAUUUCAACUCCUUCAAUCCAAAUUCAUACGGUCCACACCCAAACCUCCCAUCAUCCACCAAAGGGAGGUAGGUACUCUGUCCUCCAGCAAAGGAGUGGCAGGUAAAGUGAACCACUGCCAAGACAGUGAGCACGACAUUCACAAGAAGGGCCGGACUAGAAGAGAACAAGGACUAAAGACAGGGGGCAGUGUGCAAGAUAUUGUAGCAAAGUUUGCUGUGGCUGAACAAAAAGAAAAGGGCAAGAACAUGCUGAAUAAACAGGCAAUCAAACCAAGAGUUGUUGGAAAAGGGAUCCUCCUAUCUUCCUUGAUGGAGAGGUUUGAGACUAUGGCUACUGUAUGUAAAGGGCGGGACUUGAAAUGUUCACAUGAAAAGCCUUCUGGAGGAGUCAAGGUGACAAGUAGUAUAAAACAGAGGGUAGCCUGUCAUGAAAGAUGGCACCAACAGGCGCUGGAUCAAAGUGUUCACAAACAAAACCAACACGAGGAAAUGAAAAGUAAAUCUGUUGCAGAGCAGUUGAGAGGAAAUCAAACACAUGUGCAAGAACAAAAACCAGAGCAGGCAGUAGAUGUAUUAUCAAAACUAAACCUGGAAGAAAGAAAUCAUUUGAAAGCAGAGCAAAUGAGGCAAACGGGGGACCGUCAUUCAGAUCAAAACUCUAAAGGCCAUUGCUCAUUAAACCAUAUAAAAGAUCAAACUUGUGAUAAUGAUGUUAAGGGUGGGAGGUCAGGGAAAUAUGAUGAAAUUCAGGCUACAGUAGAAGAAACUAGUAUCACCAGCAAGUUAAAAUAUGCACAUCUAGAGCUAGUCUGUUUAACAUCUGUCACUGAGAGGUCACUCCCAGAGCCUUACAGGCUUUUUCCACAGUUAGAAGCCCAACUGAAGUGGCAUGUGGCGACCAUCGUGACCUGCUCUCCAGUGUGGUCCACAUGUGUAGAUUCCUCUCCUAAACUAUAUUCUCUGGAACCAUCAGAAAGUUCAAACUUGGAAAUGAUACCUAACUUGAAGACAGAAGUUCCUCAUAGAGCCCUACAAUACGCAAGCACAAGUGAACCGUCCACUGCACCAACUGAAGGGAAAUGCCCUUCGAAGCCCAACAUUGAGGGACUUUCUACACAUACAGGCCGCGACCCCUUGGAGAACGGAGCAGCGGAAGAUCCAACCAAAGCUGUGACCAUCCAAACAAGGUUGCCCAAGUACGUCAUCCCGUGUGUUUGCAGAUUUGAACAAGAUGCCAAUGAUGAGACUGACUCUUCCCCUCAAUCAGCACCGCACCCAGACACUAUAACUCAUUUGAUUGCACUGCCACCGCCACACUCUGAUACAUCUACGACUGCUUUUAACACUGGAUUAGUGACAAUGGGAAUUGACCUAUGUCCUCCUAAUAACAAGAAGGCACAAACUCUUUUAACAACAACAAAGAAACCGACAGAUGGCAAACCACAUGAAAAAGACAGGGAGGCCAAGGAGGGAAGAGAAGAACUAACAUCAAUAGACAUUAAAGAUACUAGUGUGCCGCAAAGUUUUAGACUUUCCGAAGCAAGUUCAAAUAAGGUUACAUUUGAAGACAGCGAGACGUCUGCUGUAACAUUACCAAAGAUUCAACCUGAGAGAGUCAAUCCAAAACAGAGACCAAAGUACACAACAAUCAACUACGGGGAUCCUUCAGUCAAACAAACAUAUAAACCCAAAACCAUACGAUUUACUGACACCUUUACUUUCUAGGUUGCUACAAUCUCAGAACUAUUUCUUUUCAUGGAUACUGUAAGGAAUUCAAAUCAAGAUUUCAGUUACUCUCACUGUACCAUCAAACAUCAGCAACAAUACACAGUUACUGUUAUACAAAGUUACAAAAACAUUUUUUUCAUCCAUGAGCUAGUACAUACUGGACAAAAUAUGAGGCUGCAUUGCUCAGGCAAAACCCAUUGCAAACACUUACAGUAUCUGUGUAUUUAUUACAACAUUGUUGAUCAAAGAUUAUUUUUCUUUUUAAUAGGCUUGUUUUAAAAGUCAUUCAGUGUAUUUGCAUAGAGAUUCACAAAAGGGCUCUACUGUAUUAAGAUAAGAAAAAAAAGAUAUCACUGAUCGUCCACGUUAACAUUUUGUAAUAGAGCAUGGAUAACCUCUAAAUACAACAACAGUUACACUAACUGGCCAAAACCUUACGAAGGUUGUUGCAAAUAGUGCUGCCAACUUAUUAACAAAAAUCAGUGUCAUCAUCUUUUAUACUUGCAACACUUUAAAUAAUGUUAACGGUAGGCUGGAUAAAGUGGAGCUUAAACAAGUAGAGCACAUUUCUGCGUGAUAUGAUAUGAAGACUGGGUAUUAGAAGACUAGUUUAAUUUUAAAAGGUGUAUUAUAAUUGAAGUCAGGAUAAUUCUAUGUUAAUCCAGCCAUCUAUCCCUUUUCUGCUGCUUAUCUGGGGCCGGGCAGGGUUCAGACACCUCUCUCCAGCAUUUCACAUGCAUGCUGCUCAAGUUUAACUGCUGUGUUAUGCAUCAUGCAAAAUUCUCUUCUCUUUCUCUAUAACUAUCAAGAUACAGCACAAUAUUCUUUUUUUAAAUGAACCUCUCAACACUUUAACAGCAUGCUAUUAAUGCUGACUCACUUAUUCCUUAUUGUCACAGUGGAAUAUGGUCAUUUCAAUAGAUUUAACCAUGGAUUGAGCUCAAAUGUAUGAGUACAAUUUAAGAAAAAAUGUUUUUGAUACAAACCAGCUGCUGUGUAUAUUGAUUACUUUGCGGGGAACUGGCCAAAUACAUGGUCACAAGGCUUUUUUCAUGAUCUUCAAUCAAAUAUAAAGAGGACAAAGUGACGAUUGCCUAGAAAAGAUGAAUGGUUGCACACAGCACUGCCAAGCAUGUCAUUGGUUGGAAGCUCAUCCUGUUCACAGAUCCA